AUGGCGACCGUCGGUGAAGCUGUGAAAGAGUCGUUGCUCGGCACGACGCAGCCAGAGUCCUUAUCGAGCGAAGCCAAAGCCACGUUUUUGAAAAACUCCAGACAGGGCGAAGAUGGCGAGCUCUACAUGAACGAGGAGGACUUUAUCAACGCCAUUGCUCCCCCGGAAGAAGACUAUCACAAAAUAAAGCGAGAACAAUAUGGCAUUCUGUUCGGUGUUGCCGACCGACACAAACGUGGCAGGAUCUCCCUGCCUGAAUGGGCAGCCUUUGAUAACCUCCUGGCCAAGUCAGACGCAGAGUACGAGAUUGCUUUCAGACUCUUCGACGUCGACGGCACGGGCUCCAUCAACUCGGACGCAUUCCAGAAAAUCUACGAACAGAACCGAGGCCAAGACAGCAUCCCCUUUGACUUCAACUCGGAAUGGGCUUCAUUAUACAUUGGUGGCAAGAACAAGAGGCACGAGAUGACAUACCCACAGUUUGCACAGAUGAUGCGUGGUCUGCAGGGUGAGCGGAUACGACAAGCUUUCCAUCUGUACGACAAAGACAAGGACGGAUACAUUGAACCGGAAGAGUUCGAGCGCAUCAUCAGAGCUACUUCGGGCCACAAGCUGUCCGAUCACCUUCUCGAAAACCUCCCAACCCUGUGCAACAUCUCGACCGGCACAAAGAUCUCCUACGCCAACGUUCGAGCCUUCCAGAAUGUCAUUCGAGAAAUGGACUUGUUGGAUCUCAUCAUUCGCAAUGCGACCGCCAAGUCAAGCGAUGGCCGAAUCGACCGACAAGACUUUCUCAAUGAAGCAGCUCGCCUGACACGCUUCUCUCUUUACACUCCGAUGGAGGCGGACAUCUUGUUCCAUUUCGCUAGUCUCGAUCAGCCCGGUGGCCGCCUCGCUCUGGAUGACUUCGCCAAGGUCCUUGAUGCGAGCUGGCAGACCGCUAGCUCAAAACUGAGUGCCGUCACCGAUGCUGCGGACCGCGCCGUAUCCAAGUCUCAACAGUUCCUGCAUUCCUUGCUCGAGUCGGCUCACCACUUUGGUCUAGGCAGUAUUGCUGGUGCGUUCGGUGCCUUUAUGGUGUACCCUAUCGAUCUUGUCAAGACGCGGAUGCAGAACCAAAGAAGUACGCGGCCUGGUGAACGACUGUACGAAAAUUCGAUAGAUUGUGCCCGCAAAGUCAUCCGAAAUGAGGGUGUGAGGGGCUUGUACUCCGGUGUCCUGCCGCAACUUGUCGGUGUGGCCCCUGAAAAGGCGAUCAAGCUCACCGUCAACGACCUGGUCCGUGGCAGAUUUACGGAUAAGCAAACGGGAUACAUUCCCCUUCCCGCCGAGAUCCUCGCUGGUGGUUCGGCAGGCGCUUGUCAAGUUGUCUUCACCAACCCUCUUGAAAUUGUCAAGAUCCGUCUUCAAGUCCAAGGCGAACUCGCCAAAAACACCGACGUACCCAAACGUUCGGCCAUGUGGAUUGUUCGCAACCUGGGUCUGAUGGGCCUGUACAAGGGUGCAUCCGCUUGUUUGUUGCGAGACGUCCCCUUCUCGGCCAUCUACUUCCCCACCUACAGUCACUUGAAGAGGGACAUGUUUGGAGAGUCGCCCACGAAGUCGCUUGGUGUCUUGCAACUUCUCACAGCCGGUGCGAUUGCCGGCAUGCCAGCAGCCUAUCUCACGACUCCAUGUGACGUGAUCAAGACGAGAUUGCAGGUCGAAGCACGAAAAGGCGACGCGACAUACAAUGGUCUCGUUGACUGCGCACGGAAAGUUUACCGCGAUGAAGGGUUCAAAGCCUUCUUCAAAGGCGGUCCCGCCCGUAUCUUGAGAAGUUCACCACAGUUCGGUUUCACCCUGGCGGCGUACGAGGUGUUGAGUACUCUGUUGCCGUACCCCGGCAGUGAAAAGGACGCCGCGACGCACACGGGCACGGCGGGUAAGAUGGAGCCCGGGGUUGGUCUUAGAGAGGCCAAGGCACCCUUGCCGUAUCUGAGAAGUCGUAACGCCUUGAAGAUCCUGUUGGACUUGGACAAUAAUUUUGGUCAGGUCAAGGUGCCAGGUCGCAUCCCUGAAGGAGCGAAAUGGUUCGGAAAAGCCUGA